CACUGUUCAGCCGUCAGCGCAUCAUCAUCAUCCUUCGUAAUCUUACAAUAAGUUGUUGAUAUUAUAUUAUAUAAUUUACUUUUGACUCAAUCUACAAAGAAUCAAAUAUUAGAGAUUCACUUGUGGUUUGAUCGCAAUGAUCAAUCACGGAUUAAUUUAUGGAUUACUCAUCACAAUGAAUUUGGUAUUAGUAAAGGGUACCGUAAUGAGGCCAUUAAAAAUUGAUUCAUCACCUUUGAGUAUUUAUAAAACAAGUUUAGACAAUGAAUUGGACUACGUAAUGAAACGUUCUGGAUUGCAAAACGUAGAUGACAGCCCAGAUUCAAAAGAACGUCGAAGUCAAAUGGGUUCAUCAUUCAUCAGAUUUGGACGUAAUCAUCAUCAGGGGAGUCUAGAGAGUCCUGAUGAUUCUGCCAAUAAUCUUAAUAAUGUGAAUUCAGGUUCCUCGAGAACUCCAAGAGGACGCUCUGAUGUUAUUAUAAGAUUUGGACGUGGAGGAUUGUCGAGUCUCGAUUUUCCACGACAUUCAUCCGUUGGUACAAGUGUAACGAUACCAACGUUGAAUUUACAAAAACUCGCUGUCAUUUGCCCCACAAUUUUGACUACCCCUGAAUCUGCUCUUCAUAAUGAUUUACUUGUCAGACUCUGUACAUCACUAUCCGAUAAUAAUUAUUGAAAAGAAAAGAAAAAAAAAGACAUUGAUUUUUGUGAUUUUCAAUGACAAUUGUUUUUUUUUUUUGCCGACGUUUGUAUGAUUUCUCAUUCAUCAAAUUGUGUAUUCCCACAUAUUUGAUUUAUUCUUCUGCAGAAAUAUAAGCCAUAAGAGUAUAAUAUUGGGGCUAUAUUUUAUUUGAUUGAUUUGAAAUUUAAUCUUCCAUAUAUUCUGUGACGGGCAAACAAAGAUACAGAAAAAACAUUAUAUAAGAUUCAAUGUUUACUGAACUAUUACUAAUAAUUUGGAUUUGUUGUUCGGCUUGAAAGAUGUGCCAAUGAACAGUUGAAAACAUAUUAAUCAAUAUACUUACAAAUUAUUAAUAUAUUUAAUAAAUGAAUAAUGCUUUAAAUUGUCUGAACAAAUGUCUCGAGAUAAUUGAUGCAGUGUAUAGAUUUAAUGAAAAAACGGCAAAAUCAAUAAUAUGAGAAAAUAAUAAA